AUGACGACGACGUUUCCAAGAGAGGGUAGAGGUUCCACGCGUUCACCCAUACAUGCGGGACACCGCUGUCUAAGCUCAUGUGAAUGCUCUCUAUAUAAACCACUCCUCCUGCAUAAUAAUUUCAGUACCACCUGGCACCUCCAUCUCCCAUGGCUACUCAAAUAUAGACUGCAUUAUUCACGUAGCAGAAGAGAGAUACAGUGAAGAUGGAGGAGGGAAAAGCAGCACCUCAGAAAUCUCUUCAGGAUUUUGAUCCUCAGAAGCCUCCCAAAAGGAACAAGUUUGCUUUCGCUUGUGCCAUAUUGGCUUCCAUGACUUCCAUAUUACUUGGCUAUGACGUUGGGGUGAUGAGUGGAGCGGUGAUAUAUAUAAAGAGGGACCUGAAACUGACGGACGUGCAAAUCGAGAUCGUGGUAGGAAUCAUCAACCUUUACUCUCUCAUAGGUUCGUGUCUCGCCGGGAGAACCUCGGACUGGAUCGGUCGGCGCUACACGAUCGUCGUGGCCGGAGGAAUCUUCUUCGUCGGAGCCCUCCUCAUGGGAUUCUCUCCAAACUAUCCCUUUCUGAUGUUCGCGCGUUUUGUGGCGGGCGUGGGCAUCGGUUAUGCUCUGAUGAUUGCUCCCGUCUACACGGCGGAAGUGUCCCCUCCUUCGUGUCGUGGUUUUCUGACCUCCUUCCCCGAGGUAUUCGUGAAUGGAGGGAUAUUACUGGGAUACAUAUCAAACUACUGUUUUUCGAAGCUGCCACUUCACCUGGGAUGGAGGAUGAUGCUGGGAGUGGGGGCGGUGCCGUCGGUGAUCCUGGCGGUGGGAGUGUUGGCCAUGCCGGAGUCUCCACGGUGGCUGGUCAUGAGAGGUAGGCUCGGCGAAGCCACAAAAGUUCUCAACAAAAUCUCCGACUCUCCCCAAGAGGCUCAGCUCAGGCUAGCAGAUAUAAAAGCCGCGGCUGGGAUCCCGGAGAACUGCAACGACGACGUCGUUCAAGUGACCAACCAGAACAGCGGCGGUGAGGGUGUAUGGAAAGAGCUAAUCCUUUACCCUACACCCGCGGUGCGUCACAUCCUCAUCGCCGCGCUGGGCCUCCACUUCUUCCAACAGGCUUCCGGCAUAGACGCCGUGGUGCUGUACAGCCCCGAGAUUUUCAAAAAGGCUGGCCUGGAAUCCGACGCCGAGCAGCUUCUGGCGACAGUGGCCGUUGGAUUCGCCAAGACCGUUUUCAUCUUGGUGGCUACGUUUUUGUUGGACCGGGUCGGGCGUCGACCCUUGUUAUUGACCAGCGUUGGCGGCAUGGUGUUCUCGCUUCUGACGCUGGGCGUGAGCCUGACCAUCAUCGAUCACUCACGCGGUGUGAUGAAGUGGGCCAUUGGCCUGAGCAUAGCGACGGUUUUGUCCUACGUGUCGACGUUCUCCGUUGGGGCGGGUCCCAUCACGUGGGUCUACAGCUCCGAGAUCUUCCCGUUGAGGCUACGCGCCCAGGGUGCGGCUAUGGGAGUUGUGGUGAAUCGGGUGACGAGUGGGGUUAUCUCGAUGACGUUCUUGUCACUGUCUGAUAAGAUCACUAUUGGUGGGGCCUUCUUCAUCUUCGGGGGAAUCGCGAUGUGUGGAUGGAUCUUCUUCUUUAUCAUGCUCCCCGAAACACAGGGCAAGACCCUUGAGGAAACGGAAGGGUCUUUUGGUAAAUUUACGGCAUGGUCUAAAAGCAGGGGUGAUAGGGACAGUGAGAACAAUGCAGAGAUAGAAUUGGCGAAUUAGAAGGAGGAAGACAUAAUAAUGGCUCUUUAAAAGCUUUCGCUACUAAUAAUGCCACAAGCGUAGUAUGAAAGUGUGAUAGCAUUUCAACAUUCCAACCUAAUAUUUAUAAUGUAACAUUUCCCUUUUUCCUGAAUAUUAUUUGAAUUCCAUGGAAUUUGAGU